UGUUUACCUUAGCAACCAUGGCAGAGACGGUUCAAGAUGUUUCUGAAGCAGAUAAGCGACAUCUCGUUGAACUCGUCAAAGAACUCAGACGCUCCAAUGCGGUGCUACGGGCAGAAACUGAUAUGUAUGAGCGGUAUAUAAGCCGCUUGGACCCCAGGGACUUGGUUCCUCAGCCUUUAUCAGAUUCUCUGGGGGCAGCUGCAGCAUCACAGUUGGAGAUUGGAGGGGGCCGUGGGAGAAAGAUGAAAACACGGACAACGGCUCUGGAGCAGUUACAACGUCUGACAUUGGAGCAAAAGUGUGACGUGGCACAGCGAGAGUUAGAUGAAACCAAGGAGGACCUGGAGAAACUGAAGGAGAGCUCAGAAAGAGUGCUCCACAACUAUAAGGCAACCUUGGAGGAAGCAGAUAUUCAACUUGUGGAGGUCAAGAAAGCAAGUUAUGAGUUUGACCGUGAUGUCGCUAAGGUGUUGAGGGAGAAGAGAGGUGUCAUGAUGGGUGCAGAGAAGGUCAUUCGUUAUUUUGAGGACAGGAUGAGAGCAAAGGACACACUGGUUGAGAAGUUGCGGUUGAAGAAUGCAGCUCUCCAUGUGCAGAAGAGGAAGUUGCAGUUACAGCUACGACAGAAAGAGGAAAUGGGUGAAGCCCUGCACGAGGUGGAUUUCCAGCAGCUGAAGAUCGAGAACAGCCAGUAUCUUGAACGCAUUGAUGAAAGAAACCAGGACCUUCUGCGCCUAAAACUCCUGGCAGGAAACACCCUACAGGUUCUCAACUCCUACAAGAAGAAGCUGCAGAGCAUGACAUGUGAGUCAAAGCUGCUUAGUAGUGACAUCACCUCCCGUAAGGAGAUGCUGGUGAAGAUCGAGGAGGAGACACUGCAGGCAGAAGAGGAGCGAGCCAAGGCAGAGACUCUUAACAGGAAGCUGCGAGGCCAGCUGGCAGAUUUCCGUGUUCCCCAAGUGCUGCAAUACAUCACAGCUAAGGCCUCCCAUAGCCAGCUCGAGCAGAGUGUCCGAGCCUGGGAGCGAAAAGUUGAGAUAUCUGAGAUGGCUCUGAAGACACACACCAAGACCUGGAACAAGCUGAAGGAAGCUGCAGGAGCAGGACCAGUCACAGCCUGGUGAAUCCGCACAUGCUUCCUAAUAAAUCUAUUCUCUGCAAAUAUUCAAUCAUCCAAAGCAGUCAAAAAUCCACCAGUCUCUUUUGUAAACUAGCGGAGAUAUGCCCUUAUAAAGUAGCUGUUUUUAACUUUCAGUAUAUGGAACAUUUGUAGAAUGGUUGAACAAUCAUGUUUUAAGUCACAAUUGAACUUAUCGCUUGUAGUAGGGUGGUUAAGCUGAUAGCUAAUUUUUGAUAAAAACACAAAAUAUGUACCCUGAAAAGAUUUCAAUAUGGAGCCACCCCAGAUUUGACCUCUGGGGGGUGUGGCAGCCAUUUUUUUAAAUGGCCCCCAACUAACAACAUUUUACAAUUCAGAAGGACUGCUUUGAGGUAAAGGCACCAAAUUUGUCAUAGACCCUAGAUUUAUGGUCUCUGAAAAGAUCUAGAUAUGGAGCCACCACAGAUUAGGCCCCUGGGGGCUGUGGAGGCCAUCUUACAAAAUGGUUGCCAAUGGUAACACUAUGGUAGCCUUUGAUACCCUUAAAAUAUUUAGAUGUGGCGCCACUGCAGAUUUGGCCCUGGCAGCCAUCUUACUAAAUGUCCCCAGACUGUACCACUAUUUUGCAAACCAUUAAUCUACAAAAUGUAAUGGCCUAUACUUCUUGGCCUGGAUCUCCUGAAACACAAAAGGUUUAACAGUUACACACAGUAUAAUACAGGGAUCAACUAGAUUAAGCUGCAAACAAUUUUUUAUUGAGCGAAUGGUCAAGGGGCCGGAACAUAAUUACAAAUAAUUUGCAAAUUGACCGCAAGAAGCCCAAACAGAUAUAACUAAAACAUAAUUUCAAAUCUUUCUUACAUUUGUACACAAUCACAUACAUCUCUCUAUUAUGUGUGGGAAUACUAUGGAAUAGAUUUCAAAAAUUAAAAUCACUUAGAGCUAA